GGCUUCAGUCUGUCCUGAGCAGCGCGCGGAGCUGAGCUGAGGAUUCGUAAGAAAUAAGCAGAACAGAGUCUUCAUCAUCUUUUCUAGUUACUCCGUUGGUAAUAGCUAUUCUUACCAUGGCUACUCCUCCUAAGAGAAUCUGCUCCAGCCCCGUUUUCAACAACAGCUUCGAGAAGCGAGUGAAGAAGAUCUCAAUCGAAGGAAACAUUGCUGCUGGGAAAUCGACUUUUGUGCGGCUGCUGGAAAGAGAGUCAGAUGAGUGGGAAGUCAUACCGGAACCCAUUGGGAAGUGGUGCAAUGUUCAGACUGCAGAGAACGAAUAUGAGGAGCUCAGCACAUCCCAGAAGAGUGGAGGCAACCUGCUGCAGAUGUUGUAUGACAAGCCCAGCCGCUGGUCCUACACCUUCCAGAGCUAUGCUUGUCUGAGUCGUGUUCGUGCCCAGCUUCAGCCCCCAUCUGCCAAGCUGCAACUGGCAGAGAAACCAGUCCAGUUCUUUGAGCGCUCCGUCUACAGUGACCGAUAUAUCUUUGCUUCAAAUCUCUUUGAGUCUGGAGAUUUGAAUGAGACUGAGUGGGCCAUCUACCAGGACUGGCAUGGCUGGCUCCUCUCUCAGUUUGAGUCUGAGAUUGAGCUUGAUGCAAUGAUUUACCUGCGUGCAGAUCCUGAGAGAUGCAUGCAGCGUCUUAAAUUGCGAGGACGAGAGGAAGAACUGGGCAUUCCUCUGGAAUACUUGGAGCAACUUCAUUAUAAGCAUGAAUGCUGGCUCUACAACAGAACUACACAGCUUGAUUUUGAGUACCUGAAGGAUCUCCCCAUUCUGGUACUGGAUGUUAAUGAUGACUUCAAAAGUGACAGAAUUAAACAGCAUGAAGUGAUGGACAAGGUGAAGGAGUUCCUGAGUACAUUGUGACUUGCUGCAGUCAAGCGCUCAGUUCUCUGGCAACUUGUUUUGCUAAUAGGCCUUUUUUGAUUUUUGAACUUGAUACACUUGUAUUGUGUAAGUAUGAGGUGUUAGAAAUGUAAAGGAACAUACAGUGUCAACUGCCAAAUUCCAUUAGGCACAAAACAACCAGACUUUUUAACCUGACCUUUUUAAAACUUGAUCACCAGUAUGGCAGUUUUGUUGCUGAACUUUCUGAUAGGAAACACAAUCACCUCAAGUCAUGAGUUGUUUGCUUAAACCAAUAGCAAGAGUGUCCCACAUGAUUUUAGUGCUAUAGCUUAUAUUUGUAAAUAUGUAUUUAUGUAUAUGGCAUUAAAUUGCACUUUUUGUUUUA